UACCUAUGGUUGGGAAGAUCUUACUCAGUUACAUGGUUAUUUAAAAGAAGCAUUCAAUCAUCUCAAAGGCACUAUAGACCUUUAUACAUAUGUUAUUGAUAAUAGAGAAAUAAAUAUGAGUUUAUCAAAAGAGAAAUUUAUCACUUUUAUUGAAAUGCACAAGUGUUCGAAGAACAAUCCAAUCCAAAUUAUUAACUCAAAGAAAGGUAUCAAAAGUUUAUACUUUGAAAUGGUGGAAGGUUUACCAACAGCAUUAGAACUUGGAAAGCCUGAUUUCUGUAAGGAAGAUCCAGAAAAAGUGGACAAUUAUUUCACCUAUCAAUUUUGUUGUAAAAUGGCGGAAUUUUAUAAUGACGAAGAUGCUCACCAAAAAGCCGCAAAUGAAAUGUUAUCUAAAUAUUUUGGUCAACCUGUGCAACCAAUUAAACUUCUUGCAAAUAAAAAAACUGGCGGUAAACUCAGAACCGAUAGCACUAUAAGCUUUUCUGGUUCUUAUGUGUAUCGUGAGCUUAAUGUGAAAUUCAAUUGUGAUUGCAGAUAUGGACCUUAUUUUUCCGUUUCUGGUGCUAUGCUUUUAGAUAAAGCUAUAAUUGAUCCAUUUACCCCAUUAUAUCCUCUUGCUUGGCAUAAAGACGAUAAAAUGAAAUUAUCAAUUUCUAAAACAUUUCGUGCCCUAAAGAAAUCUCUUCAACUCCUCGAUCAAUACUAUGCAGAACAUCCUUUAUUUCCCGAAAUGAUUAUAGACGACAAAUAUUAUAAAGUUCAAAUUGAAAAAAAUAUUGUCAAUUGUCUUUGGAAAGUUACACUCUCGAAUAAGCAAGGAUCAUGUGAGAAAGCCUGUGUAAAAGCUAUUCAAAAACAUAAAUAUUUACUUGAUACGCAUCAGCUCUUAGCAGAAAUUAGAUAUGCACCAAAAAUCCUAGCUACUUCAUUUAUUCCUGGAAAUUGGCUUUUGGUUUAUAUAGAAUAUUUGGACAAUCAUUUAAUGCUACAUGUUACCAGUAAUCUUAAAGGCCAAAGUAAUUUAAAAGAGAAAAUUAAAAAGGUGGUUAAGUAUAUGCAUGAUUCAGAUUAUGUACAUAGGGAUCUGUGUGCAGGAAAUUUUCUAUUUUGUCAUCUUGAAAAUGAUGAAUUUGAUGUAAAAUUAAUCGAUUUUGAAUGGUCUGGAAAGGUUGGUUUUGCACGUUAUUCUCACUUUAUGAAUCAUAAUAUACAAUGGCCAGAUAGUGCAGAAGAUGGAAAAUUAGUAACAAAAACUCAUGAUCUUGUCAUGUUGAAUCAGACGUUUUGUAGAACAGACUUAUUGCAAGAUCAAAUAAAUAUUGAAAUUUAG